UACAAAUACGUAUUUAUUUUUUUUUGAGUGAUAACUACUUUUUUUUUAUCAUUAAGGUAUCUCUCAGGGCUCGAAAAAAUAAUUAAUAAAAAUUGAACUUUGGUUUCUAUAGAAGCUUCAAAACUCAACUUAGUAUCUUUUAUUUUGUGUUGUUAAAUAAAACAUUAAAAAUAGUUUUGUAAACGACGAAGCAAAAUAUAAAACAAGAUGGAUAACCCAACGAAUUAUCGAGCGCCAUUGUUGGAGCCAUCAUUUCCGUCAAAUAUAAUGCGGACACCAUUGGGAAAUGUGUAUCCAUCCAGUAAUACGGAGCCACCUUCAUUACCACCACCACUAAAUGUGUCGGAAACAAUGAAUUUUGGAUCAUAUUCUUCCGGUUUUGGAAGUUAUGGAAAUUCAUAUAAUGGUUACGGAAAUAAUUAUGGUGGCUAUGGUGUGAGCCCAUUUGGAUAUUCGAAUUUCGGAAGCGGUAUGUUUGGUAGUGGGAUGUAUGGGGGUUAUGGUCGUGGGUUUGGUUGUGUGCCCAAUUCAUGUUUAAAUCCAUACGAUCCGGAAAGUCGCUUCAUACAAUUGGCAGAAGAAAAUUCCAGGCCUGCAUUUGAAAGUAUUGGGUCAUUAGUAUCAGCUGUUGCGAAUAUUGCUGCUAUGUUAGAUUCAACGUUCUAUGCCAUAACGAGCUCAUUUCAUGCUAUUCUUGGAGUAGCAGCUAAUUUUGGACGUUUGAGAGGUGUUUUUGCCCAAUUUUGGCAAACUUUUGCUAUUCUUAGAGGACUUAGUUGGCUUUACAAAAAACUGCUAUAUUGGAUGAAAAUUUCUAAUAUAGAUCCAUCAUCACAAAUAUUCAAAGAGGCUUUUGAAGCAGCAAAAAAUGAAACACUUGAAAAUAACAUUGAUGCAGGAAAUAAGGGCAAAAAACAGUCACCAUGGCCAGUUGUAAUAUUUUUGGGAUUUAUUUUUACAGCACCAUAUAUUGUAAUGAAACUGUUGGGUAAUUUAACAUCAUCGGUUCUACAGGAAACUAAAGAUCCUCGUCGAUGGGUGAAACCAAUCAAAUCUGUAGCGCUUUAUGAUUUCCAAGCCCGCAAUGCCGCUGAAUUAACAAUAAAAGCUGGCCAAACCUUAUACAUUGCUCCAAAAGAAAUUCAGCUGUCUCAAAAGCUUUUAAAUACAGGAUGGGCAAUGGCUACAGUCGAUGCUGUUCAUUCCGGAUUGAUUCCAAUAACUUAUUGUAAGAGAAUGAAUGAUAUAGUUGAGUUGUCACAAACACAAAACACUUCAAACAUCACGCAAUCAUCAAAUGUUAUUGAACCGAUUUUAACGGAUAAAAAAUUAGGUUUGAAUACAGAAAAUUUGGAUAAAAUUCCAUCAGAUUUUAUGAAAAUUUUUAAUUCGGAAGAUUUACAAGAACAUAAUCUCGAAGGACUGGGCAAGUUAAAAGAAUCCAGUAAAGAUAAUGAAAAAUCUUAGAAAUCUUUGAGUGCAGAUAAUGAAAAAUUCUGAAUUGUAAGAAAACGUAAUAUUAUAUAUUAAUAUGUACUUCAUUUUCGAUCUUCAUAAAUCUUAAAAAAGUUAACCAAAGUCAAAACGAAUCUGUGAAAAAGCAGCUGUUUUAAAAAAUUAACAUUAUUGAAAAAUUUAUGGGUAUAGAGAACAAAUUGAGUAUUAUUUUUAAGUUUGGAAUUUACAUGCUUCAAGUUACAUAAAAUAAUUUUUUAAAUUCAAACGUAGAGUUCUUUAAGCUAAUAGAUUUAAGUUCGGUUAAAAUGUAUAACAAGACUUUCUGAAAAGCUACACAAUUUUUGUAAGUUAAAUUUUUAAUUACG